ACUGUCAUUUGCGUAGCUUACCUCGUUUUGUAAAGUUCAAAUCGUGUUAAGUAAUCAUUUGGAAUAUUAAUAAAAUAUAGUGACAUACUAACGAUUAAAUAGUUAUUUGUAAAAAUAAGGUGUUAGUAUACCUUGAGGUGUAGAAAAGUGACCAUUUGAAAACGGAACGAAACGAAAACGAAUAGUCUAGUCAAUAUACUUUUAUUUUUUAUACAAUGAAAUAAUUAUUCGUUUAAGCUAAAGUGCUAUUUACUUAGCGCGGUACUUAUUGUUUUUGUAACUUUUUUUAUUCGAUAAGUGAAGAUGCAGAUCCUCAAAGUGCGCCAUGUUUAUCUGACGGCCAAUCAGUUUCAAGCAUGGAGCUGCGCGAGAGCACGAUACGCGAGCUCGAACGCAAACAAACCGGUUGAAUACAAGCCCAUAAGGAGCGUUCUGGUAGCAAAUAGAGGAGAGAUCGCCAUCAGAGUGUUUCGAGCAUGCUCCGAACUCGGCAUACGGUCCGUCGCCAUCUACAGCGAGCAGGACAAACUGCAGAUGCACAGACAAAAAGCCGACGAGUCAUACCUGGUCGGUAAAGGUCUGGCUCCCGUAGAAGCUUACCUCAGCAUCCCCGAGAUCAUCAGGGUCGCUAAAGAGAACAAUGUGGACGCUGUUCAUCCCGGUUAUGGACUGUUGUCAGAAAGGUCAGAUUUCGCGCAAGCCAUCGUUGAUGCCGGCAUGCGUUUCAUCGGGCCGCACCCCUCCGUGGUGCAGAGAAUGGGAGACAAGGUGGCCGCCAGGAAAGCUGCCAUCGAAGCUAAGGUCCCCAUCGUACCGGGCACGGACGGUCCUAUUACAACCAAAGAAGAGGCCGUAGACUUCUGCAAGAAACAUGGUCUUCCAGUCAUCUUCAAGGCGGCCUUCGGUGGCGGCGGUCGCGGUAUGCGAGUAGUGCGGGACAUGAACGAAGUGGAAUCCGCCUUCGAGCGUGCCUCCUCGGAAGCGCUGGGCGCUUUUGGCAACGGAUCCAUGUUUAUAGAACGCUUCAUCGAACGGCCGAGGCAUAUUGAGGUCCAACUGCUUGGUGACAAGGCUGGCAAUGUGGUACAUUUGUAUGAGCGCGACUGCUCCGUGCAGCGCCGGCACCAGAAGGUCGUCGAGGUGGCCCCUGCGCCCGGGCUGGACCCUGAGGUUCGCAAAAAGAUGACCGACUGCGCUGUCCACCUGGCCAAGCAUGUUGGCUACGAGAACGCCGGCACCGUGGAGUUCCUGCUAGACAGCAAAGGCAACUUCUACUUCAUCGAGGUCAACGCUAGGUUACAAGUAGAACACACAAUCACAGAAGAAGUCACAAGCAUUGAUUUAGUGCAGUCUCAAAUCAGAGUGGCCGAAGGCAUGACCUUACCCGAACUGGGUCUGACACAAGACAAGAUCAAGACGCAAGGAUUCGCUAUUCAAUGCAGAGUCACUACUGAAGACCCGGCCAAUAACUUCCAACCCAGCACUGGAAGACUUGAAGUAUUCAGGUCCGGUGAAGGUAUGGGUAUCCGUCUCGAUUCUGCGGCCACUUACGCUGGAGCCAUCGUCUCGCCUUACUACGAUUCGCUGCUAGUAAAAGUAAUCUCCCACGCCAACGACCUGCCAGCUUCAGCCGCUAAGAUGACGCGCGCGCUCCGAGAGUUCCGUAUCCGCGGCGUCAAAACCAACAUUCCUUUCUUGCUCAAUGUAGUGGGGAACCAGAAGUUCCUUUCCGGCGCCCUGGACACGUACUUCAUCGACGAAAACCCUCAGCUGUUCAUGUUCAAGGCUUCGCAGAACCGUGCUCAGAAACUGCUCAACUAUCUCGGACAGGUGCUAGUGAACGGUCCAGCUACGCCCCUGGCCACUUCCAUACCUCCCGCGGACAUCACGCCAUACAUUCCACCCGUUCCUCUCGACCUUUCCCCAGAGGCUGUCAAGAAAUAUGAACUAACCGGAGAAAAUACAGCCAUCAAGCCUCCAAAAGGCUUCAAACAAAUCCUACAAGAAGGCGGUCCCGAGGCCUUCGCAAAGGCCGUCCGUCAACACAAGGGUCUCCUUCUCAUGGACACGUCGUUCAGAGACGCGCAUCAGUCCUUAUUAGCCACCAGAGUUCGGACACAUGAUCUAUUGGCUGCCUCGCCAUAUGUAGCGCAUAACUUUAGCAAUCUGUACUCUAUGGAGAACUGGGGUGGUGCUACUUUUGACGUCGCGCUUAGGUUCCUGCACGAGUGCCCUUGGGAGCGGCUAGAAGACAUGCGUCGCCUCAUCCCCAACAUCCCGUUCCAGAUGCUGCUGCGCGGCGCCAAUGCCGUCGGCUACACCAACUACCCCGAUAACGUGGUCUACAAGUUCUGCGAGAUGUCGGUUAAAGCCGGCAUGGACAUCUUCCGCGUAUUCGACUCGCUUAACUACCUCCCCAACUUGAUCCUUGGCAUGGACGCCGCGGGCAAAGCCGGGGGCGUGGUCGAAGCUGCCAUCUCAUACACGGGCGACGUGUCCGACCCUAACAAGAAGAAAUAUGACCUGAAGUACUAUUUGAACCUGGCCGAUGAGCUGGUUAAAGCUGGCACCCAUGUACUGUGUAUUAAGGAUAUGGCGGGAUUAUUAAAGCCUCAGGCAGCUAAGCUCCUGAUCUCUGCGAUCCGUGACAAGCACCCCGACGUGCCGAUCCACGUGCACACGCACGACACGUCUGGCGCGGGCGUGGCGGCCAUGCUGGCGUGUGCCCAAGCCGGUGCCGACGUGGUCGACGCCGCCGCAGAUUCCAUGUCCGGCAUGACGAGCCAGCCCAGCAUGGGCGCGCUCGUCGCUUGCCUCAUGGGCACCGACCAAGACACCAAAAUCCCCCUCCAAAAAGUAUCGGAAUACUCAGCGUACUGGGAGCAAGCUAGAACCCUGUACGGGCCGUUCGAGUGCACGGCCACCAUGAAGUCCGGCAACGCGGACGUGUACCUGAACGAGAUCCCCGGCGGACAGUACACCAACCUGCAGUUCCAGGCCUUCUCGCUGGGGCUGGGCUCGCAGUUCGAGGAAGUUAAAAAAGCUUACAGAGAAGCGAACCUCAUCCUCGGCGACAUCAUCAAGGUCACCCCCUCGUCCAAGGUCGUGGGUGACCUGGCGCAGUUCAUGGUGCAGAACAAACUCACCGCCAAAGACAUCGAGGCCAAGGCUGAGGAGUUGUCCUUCCCCAAGUCCGUGGUGGAGUUCUUGCAGGGUGCUAUCGGGCAGCCGCAUGGUGGAUACCCUGAACCUCUAAGAUCUAAAGUACUGAAAGACAUGAAGAGAAUCGAAGGCCGGCCCGGCGCUGAAAUGCCGCCGCUCGACUUCGACAAACUCAAGGCUGACAUCCAAGAAAACUAUCCACAGAUAACCGACUACGACGUAAUGUCGGCCGCCAUGUACCCGCAAGUGGCCAACGAUUUCUUCCGCAUCCGCGAGAAAUACGGCCCCGUCAAACAUCUGGAUACCAAGACCUUCCUUGUUGGACCUACGGUCGGCGACAGCAUCGAAGUAAAGAUCGAGCGCGGAAAGACGCUAGACAUCCGCAUAGUAGCCGUCUCGGACGAGAUGACCGCCGCGGGCGAGAGGGAGGUGUUCUUCGAGCUCAACGGACAGCUUAGAAGCGUUUUCAUCAAGGACGAGACUGCCAGCAAGGAAAUGAAGAUCCAUCCUAAAGCCAUCAAGGGUGACAAGAACCAAGUUGGAGCCCCGAUGCCUGGCACCGUUUUAUCGGUGAAAGUAAAGGAAGGCGAAAAAGUAGAAAAGGGCCAAGCCAUCGCCGUCCUAUCCGCCAUGAAGAUGGAGAUGAUAGUCCAGGCGCCGAAAGCCGGCACCAUACAAUCCGUACUCAUACAGAACGGACAGAAGCUCGAGGGCGACGAUCUGAUCGCGACCAUCGAGUGAACUACAUAAGGUGCAAUUUUGAAUGACUCGUUUCGUUUCUUUGAUAUAUUAUUGCAUAAACGGUGGGAGGCCUUGACAAGUCGUUUUUAAACGCCGAUCAAAAUACAUUUAAAUGUAUGGAA